UCCAUGGUUUUCAUCAACAAUGUUCUCCAAUAUUUCCACGAAAUCACCUACAAUCACAGAUUAAUCUUCAUUGAUCAACCAAUUAUUUCCCGCCCCGUGCGUGCAGAAUAAAAAACCACAGAGAGCAUUCAGAGAAAGGUUUGAAUUGAAGGGAAGCUGCUGAACAAGAUUAUCAUUGUCAAGAACCUGAACUGAAUUUGAUCAAGGACUUCAGUCUUCAGUGGGUUCCUCCUUCUUUCAGCCUUGAAGGCUAAACUAGGAGGUUGGAUGGCUCAAACUCGAUGGAUUUUCAUAUGAAAUACGUAAGAAGUCGUCUCACAAAUGGAGAAACCAUUUGCCUGUGGCGUUUGUGGAAAAGCUUUUUCGCAGACAUCAGCCGUUGCCAGUCAUCAGAGUGUCCACACUGGAGAGAAACCAUUUGCCUGUGGCGUUUGUGAAAAAACCUUUUCGCAGACAUCAGCCGUUGCCAGUCAUCAGAGUGUCCAAACUGGAGAGAAACCAUUUGUUUGUGACAUUUGUGGAAAAACUUUCACGGGGAAAUCAGUCCUGAUAAACCAUCAGCGUAUCCACACUGGAGAGAAACCAUUUGUUUGUGACUUAUGUGGCAAAGCUUUUACGAAGAAAGCAACGCUGACCAGUCAUCAUCGUACCCACUCGGGAGAGAAACCAUUUGUUUGUGACUUAUGUUGUAAAGCUUUCUCGAGAAAAUUACACCUGACCGACCAUCAGCGUGUCCACACUGGAGAGAAACCAUUUAUUUGUGAUAUCUGUGGGAAACUCUUCACUCAAAAACAACACAUGACAAAACACCAGCGUGUCCACACUAGAGAUAAACCAUUUGUUUGUGACUUUUGUGGAAAACGGUUCUCAAUCAAAAGUUUCUUGACACGUCAUGAGCGAGUACACACUGGAAAGAAACCAUUCGUUUGUGCCAUUUGUGACAAAGAUUUCACAAGGAAAUCACACCUGAUGGAGCAUCAGCGUGUCCACACUGGAGAGAAACCAUUUAUUUGUGAUAUCUGUGGGAAAGCUUUCUCUCAAAAACAACACAUGACAAAACACCAGCGUGUCCACACUCACACUGUAAAGAAACCAUUUGUUUGUGACUUUUGUGGAAAACUGUUUUUAAACAAAAGUUACUUGACACGCCAUGAGGGUGUCCACACUGGAGAUAUAUCAUUUGUUUGUGACAUUUGUGGACAAGUUUUCACAAGGAAAUCACACCUUAUGGACCAUCAGAGUGUCCACACUGGAGAGAAAACAUUUGCUUGUGAUAUUUGUGGGAAACUCUUCUCUCAAAAACCACACCUCACCACCCAUCAUGGCAUCCACACCUUAGAGAGACCAUUUCUUUGCGAGCUUUGUGGACGAGCCUUCCCUUUAAGAACAACCCUGAUAAACCAUCAGCGUAUCCACACUGGAGAAAAACCAUUUGUUUGCGACGUAUGUGGAAAAGCUUUUUCGUAUCAAUCAGUCCUGAGGGAGCAUCAGCGUACGAUCCACAGGGGAGAGAAACCAUGUGUUUGUGAUAUUUGUGGGAAAGGCUUCUGUCAGAAACAGCACCUGGCAAACCAUAUGCGUGUCCACACUGGAGAGAAACCAUUUGUUUGUGACUUUUGUGGCAAAGCUUUCACGAAUAAAUCAACGCUGAUCAAGCAUCAUCGUACCCACUCGGGAGAGAAACCAUAUGUUUGUGAUAUUUGUGGGAAACCCUUCUCUCAAAGACAACACAUGAAAAAGCAUCAGGGUGUCCACACUGGUAAGAAACCACUUGUUGUGACUAUUGUGGAGAACAAUUCUCCAUCAAAAGUUACUUGACACGCUAUCUGCAAGUCCACACUGGCAUGACUUGAUGAAAACUAUUUGUUUGUAACUUUUGUGGGAAAAACUUUCUAGAGGAAAUCACACUGGCUGACAAACCCCUAUUUACACUGGAGAAUUUUUUUUUUUUACAUAUGAAAUGUCCCUUAAAGGGUCUAUCUAACUUUUGAUGGACAAAAAACACAAUGUCCACAGAUUUACACUAAACUUACACA